CUGUAUAUACUGUGACAAUCUGACAAUACCUACGUGUAUGUAAAAGUUAAACUUUCUCAUCAAUUACAUUACUUUAAAAUGCCACUAAUAAUGAUAACUGGCAUACCAUGCAGCGGCAAAACCACGAGGAGCCUCGAGCUCAAGAGUUACUUCGAAGAGAAGUUGAAGAGUAGUGGACAAAACGUGGAGAUAAUUAGUGAGAGCAAUGCAAUAAUCCAAACAGGCUAUAACAAAAAUGUAUUUUUUGCGGAUUCGAAAAAAGAGAAAGCUAUUAGGAGUUCAAUCAAAUCAGACAUUCAACGUAAACUAGACUCAAAUGACUUAUUGAUAUUUGAUGGUAGCAAUUAUAUCAAGGGAUAUCGAUAUGAAAUCUAUUGCACGACCAAAUUGUAUGAAACUCCUCAGUGCACGCUGUAUUGUAACUUGCCAAUCGAACAAGCUUGGCUAUGGAACAAUAAAAGACUUGAGUCAGAUCGAUACGAUAGGGAAAUUUUUGAUUCACUUGUAUCCAGAUACGAAAUACCAGAGACUACAAACCGAUGGGAUUGUCCACUUUUCACAAUCAUGCCCGAGGACAUUCUAAUGUGUGACGAGAUUUAUUGCUAUCUCUACAAAGGCAAAUUACCAAAACCAAAUCUGAGUACCCAAAUUCCGCCAUUAGCUUCCACGAAUUAUCUACACGAAUUGGAUAAUAUAACGAAAGAUGUGACAAACGUGAUACUGUCAAUGCAACAACUGGGAGUAAACUACGAUAUAAAAAUACCAAAUUCUAGUGUGAAUUUAAAACGCGCAACCGUACCGUCGAAACUUGCAAUAUUAAGAAGACAGUUUAUAACUUUUAGUAAAAUGCAACAAAAUGAAGUUAAUCAAAUUGCCACGUUAUUUGUACAAUAUCUUAAUAACAAUAUACGGUAAAAGUGAAUUUAUA